UGUCAACUUUUAUCUUCUGUGAGCCUAGAUUUGUUCGAGCUGCGAAACGGCUUGUUCAUAACGUGUCGAGGCAUCAUCAGCAAAAGCAAUUCAGCCAUUCGAGAUGAAGCUUACAAUAAUUUUUGUUGCUCUGAUCAGCACAGCAUAUGGGGUCAACCACAUGUGCUGGAGCGUGGACAGGAUAGCACAAGAGGUCAUGGCACAAACGGACAAGAAUAAAGAUGGUAUAAUAACUUACAAUGAGUUCUCAGACGAACUCAUGGUUAACUGGAACUUGUCCAAUACCUCGUGUUUGUCCUACAGUGACUUCGUCGGAAAUUGGAUGAGCAAAUUUCACGAUCAUCACGACACUGCACACAAGUUCUUCAAUAAUUUAGACCUUUCCGGUGAUGAGCAGCUGUGCCUUCUCGAUGUAGCUGUUCAACUUGUCACGUACGAUACGAACCCAGUCGACGGUCAGAUACAACCAGCUGAGUUCAAUGCCUUCAUGCAUGCCAUGCAUCCCGACUCUCAUCAGAACCUUGGUCAUGGGCAUGGACAUGGAUGCUAAGUACAUGUAUAUACUACAUGUAUAUAUGAACACGUGUUAUAUAAAAUCAGUAAAAUAAAUCAUUUACUAGUAAA